GUGUGUGUGCGUGUGUGUGUGUGUGUGUGUGUGUGUGUGUGUGUGUGUGUGUGUGUGUGUGAGUUCCUCUCCUAUUAAAACAGCACCAUCUCUGCAGGACUGCAGGAGUUGUUUGAAGACUCGUUCGUAUCGUUUGGCUUUCGUGAGUCGUGGUUUGGAUCUUUUUAACCAGCUUGUUAAUUUGGCUGCUUUUGUGAUUUUGUUGAGCCUUCCUGCUCCUGACGGUGGUGGAAGACACCAGAGAACUAGCUCCAGGGCUGGAGUCGUCCUCUCUUCUGCUGCACGUGGGUGAACAUUAAAUAGGGAGACACAGCAGGAGACGUCUGUAGUUUGUGAAGAACUCGCUUUACACCACUGUUCCUGGUCACUCUCUCUCCUUCGUUCGUCCUUCUCUGACUCAGCUGCAUGAACAGACUCAGGUAGGCCACGCCCAAACUUCCACCUCUGGAUGACCAUGCAGCACCUAGCUCCUCGGCCUCCAUCUGUGUGUACGUUUACUUGAACCUCCGUCGGUGCGCCCCAGGGCAGCUGUGGUUCCUGCUUUUAGAUCUCUCACAGGUUCUGCUCCAUGGUAUCGCUGGUUCCUUAUAGAGAUUUGUACCAGCAACCACCCUCCGUUCUGCAGGCCACGCUAGGCUGGUGGCCCCGAGGUGGAGGCCUUCUUUCUGUCGGUACCGAGACUUAGGAACGAGCUCCCACGUGAGGUCAGACGAGCCACCUCCUAGCAGAGUUUAGCUCCUAUCUGAAGUUCCUGGUGUGAACUAGCAGGCUGCUGGUUGGUUGGUUCUCUUCAUGUCUCUGUCUAAACCAGGCGCAGCGUCACUCUGUUACAGGUGUGAAUAUGAAGGUACCGUGGUCAGUAAUUCACAUGUUUCCUACAGAUGUUCAACAGCUGGUGCUGGUUAAAGAAGCUCCUGGUGAGGACCAGCAGGACCCAGAACACCUCCACAUAAAAGAGGACCAGGAGGAACUCUGGACCGGUCUGGAGGGAGAGCAGAUCCAUCUGAAGGAGGAGACUGAUGCUGCCAGGUUUCCAGUCACUGUAGUUUCUAUAAAGAGUGAGGAUGAUGAAGAGAAACCUCUGAUCUCACAGCUUCAUCAGCAGCAGAUAGAAGACAGAGAUGUUCCAACCAGCAGCUCAGCUGGUGGAGGAGCAGGAACUAGCAGGAACCAAGAUCUGAACCAUCAUGAGCAGACACUUGGUCCUUCCGAGGCUGAAGUCAGUGGAGAUGAUGAAGAGGAUGAUGAUAUGGGUGUGGACUCUGAGCUGUCACACGCUGGGUCUGAAACUGGUGACGAUGACUGGAAUGAGAGAAGGUCUUCUGAGUCAGAUGGGUGUGCAUCAAGCAGGAGUCCAGGGCAGGAUUUGGAUUGGAAUGAAGCCGGCUGGCAACCCAACAAGAUCCCCUUCACUGCAACUUCUGGACCCCGAAAUGCUGCUGCAGACCUAGACUGUGAUGUACCAGCUAAGUUCCUGGAGCUCUUCCUGACUGAUGAGCUGCUUGAUCAUAUUGUGCAUCAAACCAAUCUGUAUGCAAGUCAGUAUUUUCAAGCACACCCUGACCUUCCUCAUCAUAGCAGAGGUAAUGCUUGGAAGCCAGUGUCGGUCUCAGAACUGAAAACUUUCUUUGGACUAACUUUCCUGACCGGCUAUGUCAAAAAGCCAAGCACUGAAAUGUACUGGAGUGUGGACGAGGUGGAUGCCACGCCUUAUUUCAAUAGAACCAUGUCAAGGAACAGGUUUGAGAUUAUAUGGAAGUUUCUGCAUUACAAUGACAAUGCAAAUCUGGAUGGGAUGGACAAAAUGUACAAAGUCCGCCCAGUGUUAGAUUACAUUGUGGGAAGGUUCAGGCAGAUGUAUCAGCCAGACAAAAACAUUUGCAUUGGUGAGGGUAUGAUGCUGUGGCGAGGGUGCCCAUCUUUCAGGGUGUACAGCUCUCAAAAGCCUGUGGAAUAUGGAAUCAAGUCCUACAUAUUGUGUGACUCUGCCACGGGUUAUUGUUUCAACAUGAGGCCUUAUUUUGGGGAAGGUAGUAGUUUGCCAGACACCGUGUUUUCUCUUCUUGAUCGCCUUUCAGGUCACGGCUAUACACUGUAUAUGGAUAACUUCUACAAUUCUGUAGCAUUGUGUGAGCGCUUACUGGAAGCACAGACCAAUGUCUGUGGAACACUGAGGUGGAAUAGGGGCGAGCCUCAGGUCAUCAGGGAUUUGGUAAAAAACGAUCUAGGGACUGGGGAUAAAGUUGUGCGGCACAAUGACAAAGUCAUGGUAGUAGCAUGGCAGGACAAACGAUUAGUGAAGAUGGUGACAACCUGCCACCAAGAUGGGAUGCAGAAGGUUGAUGUGUGGCAGAAGGGGCACAAAGACAAGGUUGCUCAGUUCAAGCCAGAGUGUGUUGUUGCAUACAACUCUCACAUGAAUGGAGUGGCUAAGUUGGACCAAAACAUUUCCUACUACCCCUUCAUCCGCAGGUCGCUGAACUGGUCCAAGAAGUUUGUAGCCUACCUGUUCCAAAUGUGCAUGUUUAACGCCUAUAUCCUGUACCGAGCCAGAAACCCUGGGGGAUGUAACACACUUUUGAAGUUCAUUCGUAGUGUAGUGAAGUCCUGGACCUUGAAGGGACAUGAGCGGAAAGGGAGUGAGGUGAGGGAACAGGUAGAGGAAGAGGAAGGAGCAGGUGUUGAGGAUGGGGACUUGAAGGACGUCCGACAUACUCCUAGAGCACCCUAUAACACUGACCCAGAGAGCAGGCUAGAUGGAGACCUGGGCAGACACAAACUCUGUUACCUGAAACCCACCAGUAGGAAGUUGAAACCAACAAAGAGGUGUAGGGUCUGCAUACGCAGAGGAACUCGCAGAGAGACAAAAAUGAUGUGCAGGGCCUGUUGUGUCCCUUUGCAUGCUGGACAGUGUUAUAUAGAUUACCACACUAAAGAGAAAUACUCUGUGCAGGGGUAGACAGACACACACAUAUAUUUGUAUGUAUAUGUUUGUGUGUGUAGCGUAAGAAAGCCAUGGAAUGCAAAGGUCAUCUCCACUUCGCUGGAGAAGCCGUGCUUUCCAAACCAAAACAUGCUCUGUUUAUGACCUUGCCAUCUGUGAACCGUCGUAACAAAAUCUCUUUCUCUUACCAUGUUCUGCAAUUUACAAGACUUCAAGAAGAACAGUUUCUCCAACUUUAAUAAAAGGAUCAUAUUCUGUUUUAUACAAUGGGACUUUGUUAACUUCUCCUACUUUUGUCUGUACUCUAAAUGGUCCGGCCUCAACGGACCCUUAGAACAGAGGGCCGCCGCCAGCCAAAAUGCUAAAUUAACACCUCUUGGGAAACCAAGCCAGUUCAUUCAGUGGAAUACUUUAGCGGCAUCGAACCAUCCUUUUUCUGAACCAAACAACUAUUGUUUGUUUUGACCUGCAACAACUUCAUCAGAUGUAAAACGACCCGCCAACUUCCAGCAGAAGUACCGGGGGUAUCGCUUUACCAGCAGCGCAUGUUCAGAAGGAACUCUGAGAACUCUCAUCACAAGGGUAUCGUAGCUCUGCACACUGGUGUUGGAUGGGUUAAGGUUAAUUUAAUAGCCGGCUGUGAUCACAAGCAACAACAGAGUAGUUCCCGCUGCUUCUUCGGGAAACAGCGCAAAAAAAAAUCAAUAAAACUUGGGAUCUUGUAGGCGUGGCGCUGGGAUUUCAGCCGUGGCGAGCCGCCGCGGCUACGCUAUGUAAGGGAAACACUAGACCCAGUGUGUCACUUUUAAUGGUAUCUCCUCGAGCUUCUUACAGGUGUUUUCAGGGGUUCCGCAGGGCUCGGUAUUGGGCCCGCAUUUAUUUACCACCUGUGUGAAUGACCGUUGUUUUGACUGUUCACAGUGCUUUAUUUCAUUUUUAUGCUGAUGACACAAUCAUUUACAGUAGCAGAGAAACUAUUCAUCAGACCUUUGAAUACCUGCAGGAUGCCUUUGAUAUUGUACAAUCCCGGCUAUUUUAUUUGAAGCUUGUGUUGAAUGCAAGUAAAAGUAAAUAAGAUUGACAUCCAAAGUUUAGCUAGGAAACUUAGGUUAAAGCUAGGGUUCUAUUGUAGGAAUAGGGCUUGCUUUUCUUUUGCAGCAAGGAAGAAACUGGUUGAGGCCACUUUUCUGUCUCUUACGGACUCUGGUGAUUUUUUUAUAUUUAUAUAUUUUCACCAACUAGAUUCAGUUUAUCAUGGAGCACUGAGAUUUAUUACAAGGUGUAAACGUCGUACACAUUGUUGCGCUCUGUAUAAUCUAGUCCAGUGGCCUUCAUUAGCUCAGCGCAGGCUAACCAGGUGGCGACUUUAAAUACACAGCCAUCAUCGGGAUGUUGCCUCCUUACUUAUGUAGGCUUCUGUCUUUCAAGACCAGCACUCGCUCACUUUGGUCUAAAGCUAAUCUCCAGCUAGCUGUGCCUAGAGCUUGUACAGAAUUAGGUAAACAAGCAUUUAGGAUGUCUGCUCCAUCAGCCCGGGACCAGCUACAGAAUCACCUGAAACUAGAAAACCCGGUCUCUUAAGUGGCUAGUAAAGGAACAGGAAGCGAGCACAAUCGGACCCUGUCCCUGCCUCCAAAAAUAGGAAACGCCUAUGGUGCCUAUGGUGGUUGUCAAGACGAAAACUUCCAUUCCUUAAUGUUGGUCGAAUCACUGAAACAUCAAUGCGUCAUGUCUAGUAUGUUUAUCCCAUUGUAUGUGUGUGUAUGAAGGUGUGUGUGUGUACGUGUGCGUGCACGGCAGGGUCACCGGAGUUGGAUCAACACUGAGGUUUUGGGUCCAGUGGACUCAUGUAGUCACUCUCGGUGUGGGUGUUGAUUCGGCACUGGUAAUUUUGCUGUGAGUGCAUAUUCAUGUGUGUGUGUGUGUGUGUGUGUGUGUGUGUGUGUGUGUGUGUGUGUGUAAUUGUAUAUGUAUACUCACACAUAUAUAUAUGUUAUCUACAAAUUUUGGUUGAACCGUUUGUAAUGUCAAAAUUUUAUGUUUUUACUUUCAUUGUUUUUAUUAACCUUUUUUUCUUUCUUAUAAACUGUAUUUUUAUAUGACUUUUUUUGGCGGCAUUCUUGACCAGGGCACCUUUGCAAAAGAGACUUGAUCUCAAAGGAUUUCCCUGGUUAAAUAAGGGUUAAAUAAAAAAAGAUCGUGUUUCUGUAAAGUUUGGGUAUUGUCUCAGGUUGUAUUACUUGAAUAAUCAUUUAUCUACAGUUAUUCUGUAUAAUCAUUAGUCGUAGAUAUAUAGUAAUAAAUUGCUUUUGUAAACUAUA